UCCUCCCCAUCCAGCUCCACGGAGGCACCAAAGGACCUCUGUCCUGCAGGAUAUGGUGUGAGGGGCAUAAGAGGCCUCCUUUUUCCCAAAUAGCUGCCCGGGGGCCUGCCAGUACCCACAAUCUCCCUACGCAUGGCAGAAUUUAGGGCUUUCUGAAGAGUGCAUGUUCUAGGGCACAGACACCAGUGAACUUCCAGCAUUCAUGGACACAUUUUCUGUGUGAGGACUCGGGCUAAGCAUUGUGGGGUGACGGAGAUGCAGACGAGCGGGAGGCCAGUUGUACCCGUACAGCCCUCGGCUCAUCAGAGGAGCUGUUUGCAGAGAGCCAGGACUGAGGGAAUGGGCUGUGGGAAGGGAGAGCUAGGAGGUGUGAGUGGACUCAUGGGCUGUGACAGUGCCUGCAGAGGGCUGUCCCUGGCUGCUGGGAGGGUGCUUCCCACUCAGGGUCUUUGGGAGGCCAGUACUGCUGGGAAUCCAUAGAGGAGGACAACAGCAAGCCUCUCGAAGCUUCAGUCCAGAACCUUCCCUGGCUUCCACUUGUCGGUUGAGCCAAAUCCAAAUACGUCACCCUGACUUUUGUGACAUUUCCAUUCUGUGGCACUACCAAGGAGUGACUUAGGAGGACUUCAAGGUCUCCCAGUGUCCGCUGGUACCUCCCAAGUCUGUGAUACGGACAGGGGGUUUGUCUCAUCUUAUGUAAAGUGCUAUGCAAAUGCAGCUCCAGGUGAGACCCAAGCCCCCUUCCAAGGAACUCGCCUUCCCCUGAGACCAACCAUCCUGCAAGAAACUCCAGAGCCGCUAUGCCCUCCCCUCCUUGCCUCUCAGCUACCUCACAGUCAGCUUCAUGUUUCCACCUGGAAUUUGCCUCGUCUCACCCUGGCGUUCCCAUACUUCUUUGCCUGGAAUAGUCUCCUCUUCUGUGCCAGUUGGGGACAGCUACCAGGUGCCACUGGGUCCCACCAUGAAGUUGCUCAUAGAACUCUGAGAGUUGUAAAUAUGUAGACACAAUACAGUGUAGGCUCAUGGGGGAGGGGCGGGGCCCCAGGGACACCUCUUGGGCAUCAGUCUCUGGCUGGAUGCCCCAGGCCAGCACAUUAACCAAGGCCCUCUGGCAGUGACCGGGAAAGUUAAAGGAGCCAACCCUGGGGUCAGCGGGAGUUCUGCCGUGUACAAGUCUUGGCCGUGCUUGAUGUAAGCACUCCAGAAGCCAUGACUUCAUUGGGGAGUUCACCACCAGUUACCGGGAGCUGGCCCGUGGGCAGAGCCAAUUCAACAUCUAUGAGGUGGUAAACCCGAAAAAGAAAAUGAAGAAAAAGAAAUACGUGAAUUCUGGCACAGUCACCCUGCUUUCCUUUGCUGUGGAGUCAGAGUGCACCUUCCUUGACUACAUCAAAGGAGGGACCCAGAUCAACUUCACUGUGGCCAUUGAUUUCACUGCCUCCAAUGGGAACCCCUCACAGUCCACAUCCCUGCACUACAUGAGCCCCUACCAGCUGAACGCCUACGCGCUGGCGCUGACUGCCGUCGGAGAGAUCAUCCAGCACUACGACAGUGACAAGAUGUUCCCUGCCCUGGGCUUCGGGGCCAAGCUGCCCCCGGAUGGCAGGGUGUCCCACGAGUUCCCGCUGAAUGGCAACCAGGAGAACCCCUCGUGCUGCGGCAUCGACGGCAUCCUGGAGGCCUACCACCGCAGCCUGCGCACCGUGCAGCUGUACGGCCCCACCAACUUUGCCCCCGUGGUCACCCACGUGGCCAGGAAUGCAGCGGCCGUGCAGGACGGCUCCCAGUACUCUGUGCUGCUCAUCAUCACUGACGGGGUCAUCUCAGACAUGGCGCAGACCAAGGAGGCCAUUGUCAACGCUGCCAAGCUCCCCAUGUCCAUCAUUAUCGUCGGCGUGGGCCAGGCGGAGUUCGACGCCAUGGUGGAGCUGGAUGGCGAUGACGUGCGGAUCUCCUCCCGGGGGAAGCUGGCUGAACGCGACAUCGUCCAGUUUGUGCCCUUCCGAGACUAUGUGGACCGCACAGGCAACCACGUGCUGAGCAUGGCCCGCCUGGCCCGAGACGUGCUGGCAGAGAUCCCCGACCAACUGGUGUCCUACAUGAAGGCACAGGGCAUUCGCCCGCGUCCCCCACCCGCAGCACCAACCCACUCGCCCUCGCAGUCCCCAGCCCGCACGCCCCCUGCAUCCCCCCUGCACACGCACAUCUGAACAUGGUCUCAGCAGGCAGGUGGCUGGGGCCUGGGAGAGGCCAGGCAAACAGGAGGCCAGGGCCCCAGACUCCCUGAAGUGGGCCUGCCCGGCCUUUGGGACAUCUGUGUGCCUGGGAGGCUGCCGGGGGUGGGGCUUCUGAAGACCCCUCCUCAAUUUCUUGGCCUCACUUAUUGCCCAAACCCAGGGAGUUAGGGGGGUACCGGUGAAAGAGGAGUACACAGGGACCCAGCCCUUCUCUUCUUCCCCAAUACCUGGCUUUAACCCCGCCAGGAAGGUGUAAACAAUAAGGGUGACUGGGGUCCCUGUUGCCCACCCCCGGCAAUCCUAUUUGCUUACCUGUCACCCUGAAGCCUGGGCUUGGCCUCCUCCAGCCCUCCAUCUCCGUCCCAUCCCCCCAUGGUGUCUACUCCUGUCACUGAGCCCCGCCCUGUGGUCUAUCCUGAGCCCGAUUUCCAGGGAACCCCAUGAAGCUGAUGGGUUUGCAGGAAGGCCUGAACAUGUGCGCCCUCCCGGGGACACUGGAUGCACUGGGAGCCCCCGGGGACCCAUGGGGUGCUGUAAUCAUGGACCGUAGGCCAAGUGAUGGGCCUGAAGUGGAGGCUGCUCAGCACAGAGCCCUUUCUGGUGCCUCUCGAGCUCGGUACGAUGCAAGUUCUAGACACACAGAUGGCCUGUGGAGGCCUCUCCCUGGUGUGGGCCCACAGGUACUUCCAUGGUUGGCUCCUGGCUUCAGGGAUCCCCUCCUCCCUCCAGAGGCUUCCCAGGGCCCUCGGUGCCCACGCCUCUGCCCACCUGGAGGCCUGAGUAAGGAGUGGCUCAGCCCCACGUUCCCACACUGCUCCUGCUCUUUGCCCCGUAUCCCAUGAGGCUAGGAGACAGGAGUCCUGGGUUUGAGCCCUGCCUCCCCCCACUGCCUAAUGUGGGAACCUAAGCAAGGCCCUUCUACCUUUUGGGCCUCAGUUUCCGUGUCUGUAUGACAAGAGGGUUGACCAGAUGGCCCCAGGUUUUCCUUUAGGUCUGACGUCCUGAGGGUCAUUCAUCCCAUGCCCAGCUCCCCCCAUCCUACUCCUAACCGAUGUGACCCUACUCGAGGCCGCCUUGGCUUUUGGGUCACCCUGUCCCAUCCCAUCACCCCAAACACACCCUAGUCCUUCAGCCUUGGGCUCUGGCAUCUGAGCCCGAGCUCCUGCCCCUGCUGUGGGAAAGGUGGGGAAGAAGGGGAUCUCCCUCCUGGGCCCAGCCAGCCGCCCAGCCUUUGCCCACUCGGGGAGCAGGUCAUGCAUGCCUGUCCCUGUUGCCGCAUGGAGCUCCUCAGCCCACUGACCUCUCCGUGCCUGGUGCAGGCCAGGCCCCCAUCUUCUGCCUGCCUCCGCUUCCCCGUCAUGCAUGGUGGUGGUGUUUCUACGGUGUCUGGUUCUGUGCCCGUCUCUGAGACAGUCUCUGUGUGGAAUUUGCCUUAAACUGAAGUAAAUUUGGUUCUUUU